AUGAGCAGCUCGAGCCUCAAGCGCGACAUCAUCACGGCCAACUCGCUUGUUGUCGGGCUCCAGGCCAGCGUCGUCUCGGCGGCUACGAUGGGCGCGGUCGUGUACGCCGCCAACCAGACCUCGGCCACGUUCCGCAACCGCCUCGGCCUCAGCGGCAAGCUCGGCUUCGUCGCCAUGGCCGGCCUCGCGGGCUUCUUCAUUGCGGGCGAGCAGGACCUUCUCAAGGGCAGCCGCAACCCGGAUGCGUACAUCGCGGAGCUCGAGGGCAACACGACGGCGGCGAUGACCAACGUUGCGUCGCCCCGCAAGUCACUCGGCCUGCACCACCAGCUCGCCAACUACAUCUACGACAACCCGUUCCGGAGCCUCACGUGCAUGGCGACGCCUCUUGUUGGGUUUAUCUACCUCGACCAAAGCCGCAACGCCAAUAUCCAGUUCUCGCAGAAGAUCAUGCACACGCGCAUUUACGGCCAAGGUGCCUGCGUCGUCUUGCUGCUGAGCACGAUGGCGUUCCACGACUGGAUGUCCAAGCGCGGCCACUUUGAGUAAAGACGAUCAACUACAUUAAUAGACCACGAACCAAUAGCGCACUCUGCGCGCUUGAUACUUUGAUGCAACCCAACUGGAGGCAACGACGUUGCAUGUCUUCGUCACCGACCCAAGGGUGCACCGACGAGCUAGAAACAAGGGCCAUGUACGUACCCAACUCCUCUACCCGUGCAGGUACCAGUAGCUGCUAGCUGCUGUAAGAAGACCUCGCCUCGUGCUUGCUGCGUAAAGUAGAGCCAGCAGCACGUUCCAUUUUGCGUCUUGGCUACCUAAGCUACCUAAAGUCCACGCCGUGACACUGUCAACGUGGCGUCCCCUCGUGCCGGCCACCGGUUU